AUGCAGCCAGCCGGGGAGCGUCUCAACUUCUGGGAACUACUGGCGGUGGUUCGUCUGUUUGGCAAUUGCGUCGACAUCAGGACGUCCGUCCUCCUCGACGGUGGCAUAUUCUGUGCUAGUGGCACGACAGCAGCCUACAAGUCGUCUAUUGUGCAAGACCCGACGUUCCAGUCCUACUUCCUUACUGAAACGUUUUUGGGAUCGAAAGUGCAUGCUGGUGACGACCAGUCCAUCAGCUUCUGGCUUUGUCAGCAGGGGCGGUAUCCCUACACAGCCCAAUACGAGUUCAUGUGGUGCGUCGAGACAUUCACGCCUGUUUGGGAAGCAAUCUGCAUUGCUGGAGUGGAAAGUCCUCGACGGAAGCUACUGCUUCUCGUCAUCAUCGCAGCCAGUCGACUUGUCCGCUACAUUCCCGAUGUCAUCCACGACUGGAAAAGAAUGGCUCUCUUGCCCAUGAUCACGAUAUACCUCUAUAUUUUGGAGCUGGUGAAGAUCCACGCCUUGCUGACCUUGUCCGUUGUAAGCCAGCUCCGUCUUCUACAAAGGUAG